AUGGCUGACGACACCAUCGCAGGGCCCAAGGCUCAGCCUCGCACCACCUUCAUCGACACGUUCGAGAGCCAGCCGGGAACCCCCGGCGACAGGACCGGCCAUGUCUUUCCCUCGAUCAACAAGAUCCGCUCCGGUCUCGGCGGCGAGGGUCCCGGCCCGCUCAAGAAGCUCAUGGUGGCCAACCGCGGCGAGAUUGCCAUCCGCAUCUUCCGCACUGCCCACGAGCUCGCCAUGAAUACCGUCGCCCUCUACAGCUACGAGGACCGCAUGAGCGCCCACCGCUACAAGGCGGACGAGGCCUACCAGGUCGGCGCCGGCCUCGCACCCGUCUCGGCCUACCUGGCCAUCGACGACAUUGUCAGGAUCGCCCUCGAGCACAAGGUCGACAUGAUCCACCCGGGCUAUGGCUUCCUCUCCGAGAACCCCGAGUUUGCGCGCAGGGUUGAGGCGGCGGGCAUCGCCUUUAUCGGCCCCAGGCCAGAGACGAUCGACGGCCUCGGCGACAAGACAAAGGCGCGCGACCUGGCGCGCGACGCCGGCGUCCCCAUCGUUCCCGGCACGCCCGGUCCGAUCGCCAGCUACGAGGCGGCGAAGCCCUUUGUCGAGGAGGUCGGCUUCCCCGUCAUCAUCAAGGCCGCCAUGGGCGGUGGUGGACGCGGCAUGCGCGUCGUCCGAAAGAUGGAGGAGUUCCAGGAGGCGUUUGACCGCGCCGUCUCGGAAGCGCGCUCGGCGUUCGGCGACCCGACCGUCUUCAUCGAGCGCUUCCUCGACAGGCCCCGCCACAUCGAGGUCCAGCUGCUGGCCGAUGGCGAGGGCAACGUGGUGCACCUCUUCGAGCGCGACUGCUCCGUCCAGCGAAGGCACCAGAAGGUCGUCGAGGUGGCCCCGGCCUCGAACCUCAAGGACGAGGUGCGCCAGGCCAUUCUCAACGACGCCGUCAAGAUCGCCCGCACCGCCGGCUACCGCAACGCCGGCACUGCCGAGUUCCUCGUCGACCAGCUCGGCCGCCACUACUUUAUCGAGAUCAACCCGCGUCUGCAGGUCGAGCACACCAUCACCGAGGAGAUCACCGGCAUCGACAUUGUCGGCGCCCAGAUCCAGAUCGCCGCCGGUGCGACGCUGGCCGACCUCGGGCUGAGCCAGGAGUCGAUCCAGAAGCGCGGCUCGGCCAUCCAGUGCCGAAUCACGACCGAGGACCCGGCCGCCAGCUUCCAGCCCGACACGGGCAGGAUCGAGGUGUACCGCUCGGCGGGCGGCAACGGCGUCCGCCUCGACGCCGGCUCGGGCUUCGCGGGCGCCCAGAUCACGCCGCACUACGACUCGCUGCUGGUCAAGGUCACCUGCCGCGGCGCCACGUACGAGGUGGCGAGGCGCAAGAUGCUGCGCGCGCUCGUCGAGUUCCGCAUCCGCGGCGUCAAGACCAACAUUCCCUUCCUCUUCCGCCUCCUCACCCACGACUCAUUUGCCACCGCCAGCACCUGGACGACGAUGAUCGACGACACCCCGGAGCUCUUCAACCUGGUCCAGACCAAGAACCGCGCCCAGAAGCUGCUCGCCUACCUCGGAGACAUCGCCGUCAACGGCAGCUCGAUCAAGGGCCAGAUUGGCGAGCCCGGCCUCAAGGACGAGAUCCAGAUCCCCACCUUCUCGGACCCCAAGGACCCCUCGAAGCGUCUCGACACCAGCCAGCCCUGCACCGAGGGCUGGAGGAACAUCAUCGUCCGCGAGGGUCCCGAGGCCUUUGCCAAGGCCGUCCGUGCCUACAAGGGCACGCUCAUCAUGGACACCACCUGGCGCGACGCCCACCAGAGCCUGUUCGCCACCCGCCUCCGCACCAUCGACAUGGUCAACAUCGCCAAGGAGACCAGCCACGUGCUCAAGAACGCCUUCAGCCUCGAGUGCUGGGGCGGCGCCACCUUCGACGUCGCCAUGCGCUUUUUGUACGAGGACCCGUGGGAGCGCCUGCGCAAGCUGCGCAAGCUGGUGCCCAACAUCCCGUUCCAGGCGCUGGUGCGCGGCGCCAACGCCGUCGGCUACACCGCGUACCCGGACAAUGCCAUCUACGAGUUCAGCAAAAAGGCCGUCGAGUGCGGCCUCGACAUCUUCCGCGUGUUUGACUCGCUCAACUCGCUCGACUCGCUCAAGCUGGGCAUCGACGCCGCCAAGAAGGCGGGCGGUGUGGCCGAGGGCACCAUCUGCUACACGGGCGACAUUGCCAACCCGGCCAAGCAUCCCAAGUACACGCUCGAGUACUACCUCGACCUCACCGACGAGCUGGUCAAGACGGGCAUCCACAUCCUCGGCAUCAAGGACAUGGCCGGCCUGCUCAAGCCGACGGCGGCCAAGAUGCUCGUCGGCGGCAUCCGCAAAAAGUACCCGGACCUGCCGAUCCACGUGCACUCGCACGACACGGCCGGCAUCGCGCUCUCGAGCAUGCUGGCGUGCGCCGAGGCGGGCGCCGACGUCGUCGACGUGGCCAUCGACAGCAUGAGCGGCCUCACCUCGCAGCCCUCGAUGGGCGCGCUGGUCAGCGCCCUCGAGCAGACGGGCCUCGGCGCCGGCAUCCGCCACGAGGACAUCCAGAACCUCAACCUCUACUGGAGCCAGGUGCGACAGCUCUACCAGUGCUUCGAGGCCAACGUCAAGGCGUCCGACUCGAGCGUCUUUGACCACGAGAUGCCCGGCGGCCAGUACACCAACCUGAUGUUCCAGUCGCAGCAGCUCGGCCUCGGCACCCAGUGGAACGAGAUCAAGAACGCCUACAUCCAGGCCAACAAGCUGUGCGGCGACAUUGUCAAGGUCACGCCCUCGUCCAAGGUCGUCGGCGACUUUGCCCAGUUCAUGGUGGCCAACAAGCUCGACGCCAAGGCCGUCGAGGAGCGCGCCGACAAGCUCGACUUCCCCAGCUCGGUCAUCGAGUACUUCCAGGGCUUCCUCGGCACCCCGCCCGGCGGCUUCCCCGAGCCGCUGCGCACCAAGAUCAUCCGCGACAAGAAGCGCGUCGAGGGCAGGCCGGGCGCCUCGAUGACCCCCAUCGACUUUGCCAAGGUCAAGAAGGACCUCACGGCCAAGUACGGCCGCUCGAUGUCGACCACCGACGCCAUCAGCUACGUCAUGUACCCCAAGGUGUUUGAAGAGUUCCAGGACUUCCUUGAGCAGUACGGCGACCUGAGCAACCUGCCGACGCGUUACUUCCUCGGCAAGGCGCAGCCCGGCGAGGAGAUCCACGCCUACAUCGACCGCGGCAAGCUGCUCAUCGUCAAGCUGCUCGCCGUCGGCGCCCUCAACACGGGCACGGGCCAGCGCGAGGUCUUCUUUGAGCUCAACGCCGAGCCGCGCGCCCUCACCAUCGAGGACCGCUCGGCCGCCGUCGAGACCGUCACCCGCGAGAAGGCCUCGUCCGACCCGGGCAGCGUCGGCUCGCCGCUCGCCGGUGUCGUCGUCGAAAUCCGCGCCAAGGAGGGCCACCAGAUCAAGGCUGGCGACCCGCUCUUCAUCAUGAGCGCCAUGAAGAUGGAGACGGUCGUCUCGGCACCCGUCGGCGGCCACGUCAAGCGCGUCACCGUCAGCCAGAACGACUCGGUGUCGCAGGGCGACCUCCUCGCCGAGAUCGAGCACUAG